GGUCCAACCGUUUUUCUUCCGUCCUCCAUUGCUUUCUCCUAGCUAUGGCGUCUGGGUUGGUGAGAUUGCUCCAGCUGGGGCCUCGCUGCUUUCUGGCUUCGGCCGCCCCCACGCUUGUUCCGCCCGUUCGGGGAGUGAAAAAGGGAUUCCGCGCCGCCUUCCGCUACCAGAAGGAGCUGGAGCGGAGACGCCUGCUUCGCUGCCCGCCGCCGCCCGUGCGCCGUUCAGAGAAGCCCAACUGGGAUUACCACGCUGAGAUACAAGCUUUUGGACACCGGUUACAGGAAACCUUUUCCUUAGAUCUCCUCAAAACUGCAUUUGUUAACAACUGUUAUAUUAAAAGUGAAGAGGCAAAACGUCAGAAGCUUGGUAUAGAGAAAGAAGCUGUUCUUCUGAAUCUUAAAGACAAUCAGGAACUAUCUGAACAAGGAAUUUCUUUUUCACAAAUGUGCCUCACACAACUUCUUCAAGAUGAGUACCCCGACUUGCCCACUGAGGGCGUCAGAAAUCUAGUUAACUUUCUCACUGGGGAGGAAGUCGUGUGUCAUGUGGCUAGAAAUUUGGCUGUGGAGCAGUUGACACUGAGUGCCGAAUUUCCAGUCCCUCCGCCUGUGUUGCAGCGGACAUUUUUUGCAGUAAUUGGAGCCUUGCUACAGAGCAGUGGACCUGAAAGAACUGCACUUUUCAUCAGGGACUUCUUAAUUACUCAACUGACUGGCAAAGAGCUUUUUGAGAUGUGGGAGAUAAUAAAUCCCAUGGGACUGCUGGUAGAGGAACUGAAGAAGAGAAACAUUUCACCUCCUGAACCUAGACUUACCAGGCAGUCUGGAAGCACCACAGCUUUGCCUUUGUAUUUUGUUGGCUUAUACUGUGAUAAAAAGUUGAUUGCAGAAGGACCUGGAGAAACAGUGUUUGUUGCAGAGGAAGAGGCUGCUCGAGUGGCCCUUAGAAAGCUGUAUGGGUUCACUGAGAACAGAAGGCCUUGGGACUAUUCCAAGCCCAAGGAGGAUUGGAGAGCAAAAACCAUCAGCACUGCCAGCUGACCCAGCCAGACAUGUGGCACCUGACCUGUGUGAGCAAAAGCAGAGGGACAAACGCCAGAGGUGUUCCCAGUUAAACAGUUUCAAAAUGUAAAUAAAUGUCUUGUUCUUCAUAUUGUAUUUCUAAAAAUAAAGUUGUAUUAUGUCAUA